CACUGAACACUCGUUUGAGAAGGACUGCUGCUGCUCCUUCCCUUUUAAAGGAUUUUUAAAAAUGUAUUUCUUUUUUAUUUGUUCCUUGUCGGACUUCAAGAGGAUUGUUUGAGUUCUUGUUUCUCCUCCUUGUGUGGCUGUGCUUGUGUUUUGUCAAGCGCAGUUAUUUAUUUUUGAACUGACCAUGCCGGUUGUUGGGGUUGCUUCUAAGCUGAGACAGCCGGGAGGGGGGUCAAAGCCUGUUCACACCGCAAUCCCGAUUCCCAGUCUUGGCAGGGCUGCUGUGUCACAAGCGUACUUGCCAAGGACUUUGGAGAUGAGAGGGACAGACAACUCAAUGAUGUCUUACCAGCUGUCCUUGAAAUCAAUCUGUGACACUCGGGAAAAGAAGGAAACUCAGGGGAAAACCAAGGAGGCUGAAGACAGUAAGAUCUACACUGAUUGGGCCAAUCACUAUCUUGCCAAGUCCGGCCACAAGAGGCUGAUCAAGGACCUACAGCAGGACAUUGCAGACGGAGUUCUACUGGCAGACAUCAUCCAGAUCAUUGCCAAUGAAAAGGUUGAAGACAUCAAUGGCUGUCCUGGGAGUCAGUCUCAAAUGAUUGAGAAUGUUGAUGUCUGCCUCAGCUUUCUGGCAGCCCGAGGAGUGAAUGUACAUGGACUUUCAGCAGAAGAAAUAAGGAAUGGAAAUUUAAAAGCCAUUUUAGGGCUGUUUUUCAGCUUGUCCCGCUACAAGCAGCAGCAGCAGCAGCAGCAGCAGUAUUAUCAGUCCCUGGUGGAACUCCAGCAGCAAGUUACCCAGCAGUCUUCGGGUGCUGUUCCAAGCAGCCAGCAAAAGACACAAGACAUGCAAUCCAGUCUGGCAGCCAGAUAUGCAACUCAGUCCAGCCACAGUGGGAUAGCAAGUAGUCAGAAAAAGAACACAAGACUUCCUGGGCCCUCAAGGGUGCCAGCUGCAGGCAGCAGUACCAGCAAGGUCCAAGGAGCUUCAAACCUGAACAGGAGGAGCCAGAGCUUUAACAGCAUAGACAAAAGCAAGCCUCUCCAAUAUGCAAGCGGCACCGAGAAAGAAUCAGUGAAAGGACUUCCACAGCCAGGAGGCAUGAAUGGGAACAUCCAAACCCCCACCAGCACCGGGCAGCAGCAGGCCUCUGCCAUCCCCUCUCCCAGUGCCAGCAAGCCUUGGCGGAGCAAAUCCAUGAACAUGAAACACACAGCCACGUCCCCCAUGCUGUCCGUGAAGCAGCCCAGCCCAGCAACCUCACCACCCCCUGCCUCAGACCGGCUCAAACCACCCAUUGCUGAGGCAGCCAAGGCCUCAAACACUGGACAGAAAUCCAUGCUGGAGAAAUUCAAACUGAUCAACAGCAGGACUGCUUCCAGGCCAACCCUGUCCCCCAGCUCGGGGCCCAGCGGGGAGGGAGGUGAGAGGGAAGACAGUGCUUUAUCAGAGUGCGGGGAGACGGAUGGUCUCAGCAGCGGUCUGAAUAGUGGGGGCUCUACAGGUAGCAGCUCCAAGCAGCCGACCAAGGUGACAACACCACCUUCGAAAACUGGCAGCAAAACACUGAGCAAUAAGAAGUCUCUACCCCAACCUAAGGAUAAAGAGGAUAAGAGUAAGAGCAAAGGGAAGGCUGGCACACCAAGCAAAGAGGAGAAAGAACUGCCUGUAGAACCUGCAAAGAAAACCUCAAAAAUCGCCAGCCUCAUCCCAAAGGGAGGGAAGGCCUCUGCAGUCAAGAAGGAAAACUCCCUCCUUGCUUCAAGUGGAAUACCAAAACCUGGAUUGAAAGUGGCUGCACCCACGGGAAAGACAGCAGGCAGUGCUACCAGCAUGGGCGCCAAAGAUACGGAGAAAUCAAGGACGGGAAAAGGGAACCAGAGCCUCUAUGUUCAGAAAUCCCCAGCUGAUGGCAGGACCCCAGGCAGCCUGGCUUCAGCGGAGGGGAGAAGGACCAGCAUGGUUUCAUCAACAAGCACUUCCGCACUUUCGGCUGCCAUGGUGAUGGCAUGUGGACAGUUGGGGGGAUACGGCAUUGUCCAGCUCCCACAGCAGCAGCAAUACAACCACCCCAACACGGCUACAGUUGCUCCUUUUAUGUACAGAACCUACUCUGAAAACGAUUGUACCGCCGUUGGCCCUGCUGACUGCUGUGUCAGCCCCACGAAAGCGGAUCAGUAUUACAACAAGACUGCCAAACAGUGCCUGGAGGAGAUAUCUGGGGAGGACCCUGAAACGAGAAGAAUGCGAACAGUGAAGAACAUUGCAGAUCUGCGGCAAAACUUAGAAGAGACAAUGUCCAGCCUUAGAGGGACCCAGAUCAGUCACAGCACCUUAGAAACAACAUUUGACAGCACAGUGACCACGGAGGUGAACGGCAGGAGUAUACCGAGCCUGACCAGCCGAUCGUCACACAUGGCCUGGAGGCUGGGUCAGUCAAGUCCCAGGCUGCAGGCAGGCGACGCCCCCUCGCUGCCCAGCGGAUACCCACCUCGCAGCAAUAGCAGUCGCUUGAUGCACACGGACCCCUCACGCUUCAUGUACACGACCCCCCUGCGGAGAGCUACGGGGGGAGCCCGGGCUGGGAACCUGGCUCACAUGGACCUGAGUGAGAAGGGAGGAGGGGACCUUGAAGUGCCUGAGGCUUUGGAUGUGACGGGUUACAUGAGCGAUGGGGACCUCCUCAGCAAGAACAUGAGGACCGAUGAGAUCAGCAGUGGAUAUCUGACUGAUGGAGGGCUAAGUCUAUACUCUCGCAAUAUGAACCGCAUUCCAGACCUGGCUGCCUCACGUGAUGUGAUCCAGAGGGGGGUGAAUGAGGGGAUAGGGGACACAGACAGCUGGGAUGACAGCAGCUCGGUGAGCAGUGGUCUCAGUGACACCCUGGAUAACAUCAGCACUGAUGACCUGAACACAGCAUCGUCUGUCAACUCCUAUUCCAACAUCGCUGCGUCUACACGGAAGAGCAAGGGCCCUCAGUUAAAGACAGACUCGGAGAAGCACUCCGUCCCAGACAAUGAGAAUACCUGGGGCAGUCCUGAAGAUCUGAAGAAAGCAGAAGAGUUUGACAGCAGUAUGGAUUCCAGUAACAAGUGGAAGGGUAACUCCUCUGGGCAUUAUGAAGACUCAGAGAAAGGAGGGCAGAAGACAAACUUAUCUGUUUCUCAGACAGGAUCCUGGAGAAGGGGCAUGACGGCACAAGUUGGGAUAACACCACCUCGGACCAAAACUGCGAUCGGCACUCUCAAAACACCGGGUAAAACAGAUGAUGCCAAGGCUUCUGAAAAAGGAAAGGUUCCCUCCAAAAGCAUACAGCGGUCUCCCUCUGACGCAGGGAAAAGCAGCGGUGAUGAACUGAAGAAGCCACCCUCUGGCAUAGCCAGGCCGCCCACCACUGGCUCUUUCGGGUUUAAGAAGACAGGGUCUGGAGCUCUGAUUACUGCCAGUGGAGCCACCGUGACCAGCGGUUCAGCCACACUGGGGAAAAUCCCCAAGUCUUCAGCCAUCUCCGACAAGGGAAACGGAGGGCGCAAAACCAGCCUGGAUGGCUCCCAGAACCAGGAUGAUGGGGUUUCGCUGGUGAGCUCGAAAACCCCCCUGCAGUACCGUAGCCUGCCUCGCCCUGCCAAGUCCAGCUCCAGCGGGAUUGUGGCCCGGGGAGGGCACCGCUCCAGCUCCAGCAGUAUUGACUCCAGUGUUAGCAGCAAAUCAAGUGCCACUUCCAGUACCAAGCGUAGGGAGCCCAAGAUGGGUUCAGGCCGAUGCAGCCCUGUAACAAUCAACCAGACCGAUAAAGAGAAAGUGGCCGUCUCGGACUCGGAGAGCGUCUCUCUGUCAAGCUCUCCUAAAUCGAGUCCCACCUCCACUAGCCAGACAAGUUUGAGACAGCCAGGCUGCAAAUACCCAGACAUCGCCUCCCCUACCUUCCGCAGAUUAUUUGGCACCAAAGCCAGCAGCAAGCCAAGCUCUACAGCCAGCCCAGAGUCAAAAGUCUCCACAGUGAUCAGCAAUCCUCAUGCCACUCUGACAUGGCAAGGAAGCCUGGAGUCUCCCUCAUCGGGCACAGGCAGCAUGGGCAGUGCGGGUGGGCAAAGUGGAGGCAGCAGCCCUCUCUUGAGUAAACCCCCAGACCUGACCACGGACGUGAUCAGUCUGAGCCAGUCCCUGGCCUCCAGCUCUGCGUCCGCUCACUCCCUGACCAUGGGAGGGAAACAGUGGUCCACCAACCUCAGCAGCUCCUCGGCCGGCAGCAAAGACACUCUGAGCUACCAGUCUCUGACCAGCCUGCACACCAGCUCCGAGUCCAUCGACCUCCCCGUCGGCCACCACGGCUCCCUGAGUGGACUGACCACGUCUCCCAAAGAGGUGCACAGCCAGCUGAUGAGAACUGGCAGCGUCAAGUCCACUGUCUCAGAGGGCAUGCAACUUGACAGAAACACUCUCCCCAAAAAGGGACUAAGGUACACCCCAUCGUCUCGGCAGACCUCACAGGAGGAGGGGAAGGAGUGGCUGCGCUCUCACUCGACCGGAGGACUGCAGGACACAGGCAGCCAGUCUCCCCUGGCUUCACCCUCGGCUAUCUCCUCUUCCACAGCCGGGAAGUACCACUACUCCAACCUGGUGAGCCCUACAAAUCUGUCCCAGUUUAACCUUCCUGGACCCAGCAUGAUGCGCUCAAAUAGCAUUCCAGCGCAGGAGUCCUCGUUUGACUUGUACGGGGGUUCUCACAUCCUGGGUGGCAGCGCCGUGUCUCUGGAGGAGCGGCCGAGAGGCAUGAGCCGAUCAGAGUCUUUCAGAGACAGCAUGGAGGAAGUCCAUGGCUCUUCGUUGUCACUGGUUUCCAGUACUUCAUCCCUGUAUUCAGCUACUGAAGAAAAGGCAUAUUCAGAGCAAAUCAGAAAGCUGCGAAGAGAGCUUGAUGCCUCCCAGGAAAAGGUUGCCACGUUAACUUCUCAGAUGUCAUCAAAUUCUCAUCUAGUAGCUGCUUUUGAAAAGAGCUUAAGCAACAUGACCUGCCGCCUGCACAGCUUGACAACGACAGCUGAACAAAAGGAGUCUGAGCUGGUAGAGUUAAGAGAAACCAUUGAAUGUCUGAAAACACAGAACACUGAUGCACAGACGGCCAUCCAGGUAGCGCUGAAUGGUCCUGACCACUUACAUAAAGACCUGCGAAUCAGACGGCAGCACUCCUCGGACAGCGUCUCCAGCAUGAACAGUGCUACGAGCCUCUCAAGUGUGGGCAGCACAAACGAUGCUGAAGCCAAGAAGAAGAAGAAGAAGAGCUGGGCAAAGGCAAAAGGACACAAGGUCACAGAUUCCAUUCCAGCCCAGCUGAGGAGCUCGUUCAAACAGGCUUUUGGUAAAAAGAAAUCUGCAAAGCCCCCUUCUCCACAUUCAGACAUUGAAGAGCUCACUGACCACUCACUUCCGUCGUCGCCCAAGCUGCUCCAUAGCUCAAAGCAGGGCCCGUCAAUGAAAACAUCCCAGUCUGCAUCUGAUGAGUGUGAUUGUGUUAAAUCCUCUUCAAUUUGGAUACCAAAGAAAAGGCAAAAUGGCCAUGUGAGCUACAAGCACAGAUCUCGGCUGUGUGAGUGCACAGAGGCUGAGGCUGAGAUCAUUCUGCAGCUGAAGAACGAGCUUCGAGAGAAGGAGCUCAAGCUGACUGACAUCCGCCUAGAGGCUCUGAGCUCAGCACACCACCUCGACCAGAUCCGGGAGGCCAUGAACAGAAUGCAGAAUGAAAUUGAACUACUGAAAGCUGAGAAUGACAGGCUGAAGCUGAGUGGAAGCCCAACCCCUGCGGCCGCCAGGUCAAAGACUGGACGCCCCUCCUCAGAAACGUCAAGCACCUCCUCCUCGUCUUCCUCCCGACUGUCUUUGGGACUGUCACUCAACAACCUCAAUGUCACAGACAACAUCAUGUCGGAUGUUCUGCAUAACGAUGGAUAUGAAGGAACGAUGCGCAAAGAAGGCCGUAGCGUGAGGAUCGUCGUUACAAUCCAUAAAGGUUCAAAUAACACAAAGGAUGUCAAGUGUCAGGACUAUCUCAUUGGGUCAAUAGGUGUCAGUGGGAAGACGAAAUGGGAUGUACUUGAUGGAGUCAUCCGACGAUUAUUCAAGGAAUAUAUUUUCCGUGUGGAUCCUCUGACAACCCUGGGCUUGAACUCAGACAGCAUUGAGAGCUACAGAAUAGGGGAUAUUGUCAGAGCCCACAAUGUAGAAAUCCCUGAAUUGCUGCCAUGUGGAUACUUGGUUGGCGUCAAUAAUGUGAUCACUGUGAACCUCAAAGGUGUUAAAGAGAACAGUAUUGACAGUUUGGUGUUUGACACACUAAUCCCCAAAACGAUUUCACAGCGAUACCUUAACCUGUUAAUAGAACACAGAAGAAUAAUCCUGUCCGGACCCAGUGGAACCGGCAAAACCUUCUUGGCCAACAAGCUUGCAGAAUACGUAGUGUGCAAAUCCGGGAGGGAAAAUGGAGAAGGAAAUAUAGCAAGCUUUAAUGUGGACCAAAAAUCUAGCAAGGAGUUGAGGCAGUACUUAUCAAAUCUUGCAGAUCAAUGCAACUCUGAAGGAAAUGAAGCUGAUCUUCCAGUAGUGGUUAUACUUGAUAACCUCCACCAUAUUGGUUCUCUUAGUGACAUUUUUAAUGGAUUCCUGAACUGUAAAUACCGUAAAUGUCCAUAUGUUAUUGGAACCAUGAACCAGGCUGUCUCUUCAUCACCAAACCUUGAGCUCCACCACAACUUCAGGUGGGUGUUGUGUGCCAAUCAUACAGAACCAGUAAAGGGGUUCCUGGGCCGAUAUCUCAGGAGAAAACUCAUUGAGACAGAGAUCGACAAGAACAUGAGGAACAAUGAUCUCAUCAAAAUCAUUGACUGGAUCCCCAAAACUUGGCAGCACCUCAACACCUUCCUGGAAGCUCAUAGUUCCUCCGACGUCACCAUCGGUCCCAGACUCUUCCUGUCUUGUCCUAUGGAUGCAGAUGGCUGCAGAGUGUGGUUCACAGACCUGUGGAACUAUUCCCUGGUACCAUACCUGCUGGAGGCUGUGAGAGAGGGGCUUCAGCUGUAUGGUAAAAGAGCUGCAUGGGAAGACCCUUCAAAAUGGGUCAUUGAUACCUAUCCGUGGAGCUCCGCAUCUCUGCAGCACGACUGGCAGGCACUGCUUCAGCUCCGGCCUGAAGAUGUGGGAUAUGAAGGGUACACCUCAGCCAAAGAGGGAGGCUCCUCCAAGCAGGUUUCACAAAGUGACACAGAGGGCGAUCCACUGAUGAAUAUGUUAAUGAGACUGCAAGAGGCUGCCAAUUAUUCAAGUGCACAGAGCUGUGACAGCGACAGCACUGGCCACCACGAUGACAUACUGGACUCGUCGCUGGAGUCUACUCUAUAGGAAAAGCGAGAAGUAGUGGGGUUGAGGCGUUCGUAGAGAAAAACAAAAACCUGUUCCACUGCCAGUGCAAGUAAAAGCAACCCACCAGAGACUUGAAACGGUAAUGGGGUGUUGCAGGUAGGCAGCAGCUUUUAUCAGAGAAGCGGAGUAGAUUCGAAAGCUCACAUUUAAUUUGAAUUCAAGGUAUUUCCAUAAUAAUGGAAUGACAGACCUCCAUUUGUCUACUGGGAAAAAAAGCUCAAAUUAAGGGCACUUAAAAAAUGGCUGCACAUACGGUUUAAAAAAACUAAACAAAAAAAACAAACUGGAAUUAGUUUUUCUUUUAGAAUUUCCUGUUGUUUGUUAUUGACUGCUAACGUUUACAGGGCGCUCUGCUGUUUAUUUUCCUGAGGUGCCGUCUAACCUGAACAGCCUGCGCUGUUCUCAUCCAAUCCGGACCUCAGUUGUGCCACAUGGUGCUGGUCACAUGACUAUACCAGUCUUUGGUUUACACCACCGCCCAUUCUGAGAUCCAUGCAACCUGUUCAUGACAAGCACAAGCGACAUUGUGCAAACCCAAACAACCACUACUGUGAAACACUGGACAAGUGCCAAUCAUACAUUAUUAGAGCUGUCAAGUGCACAGUGAUGUAUACACCCACAGUUGCUGCGUAGUUUACCAAUAGACAUUGUUCUUUCUUUCUUUGUUUUUUCUUUUGAUAAUUUAUGAAGUGGUAUGCAUGUCAUCCACCCAACCUUUACAGAUUUAUUGCAUUAUACCAAUAGAAAGAUGUGAAAGGCUGCAGUUCAGCAUUCACUUUAUUAUUAUUAUUAUUAUUAUUAUUAUUAUUAUUAUUAUUAUUUAAGAACCUAAGCAAGAAGGGAACAAAUUUGAUAAUGGUGCUUUCUCACUGCCUUAAAGUUCCUAGCAAAUUUCUAAG